GCGAGUGGCACGAGGCGGCGGCCGCACCAGUGCCGUCGGCGAGGCCGCGCCCGCGGGCGCUCCCCACGGAGUCCCCGCAGCCCAAGGCGAGGCCGCGGCCGAGCGGCACGCCACCUCGGGCCCACCUGGCGAUCGAGGACGCGGUGGAUGCUCCGGAGGCGGCGCGAAGGAACCGCUGGACGCGGACGACAGCGCCGGAGGCGGCUGCUUCAGCGUCCCGCAGCUCGCCAGUGGCGACGGGGAUCGGCCUGGCGGAGGGCUUGGCGGGCCGCAGCGAGGAGGCGCAAGUCAUGGUGUUCGCGGAGCGGAAGCAGCCGGGGAUUUCCGCUGGGGUCCCCCUUUCGGGGGCGACUGCAGCAUCUCUGGGCCUCAACAGCGAGGAGACCGACGAGGCCGACUGGGAGGAGCUGAAGCGCCCCCGAAGGCUUCGCAAGGAGAAGAAGGAGAAGAAGGAGCCGAAGGCGCUGAGGCUGGUCAUGGCCUUCGACCUCGACGCCAGCGACGUCGAGGAGGCCUGGUUAUCGGACGAGUGGGCGCGCUGGUUUCACGACGCUGAUGAUGGUGCACACGUCGGCGGCGUGGAGGCGGCCCCUGGAGACAACGAACUCAAGCACCAGGAGGAGCAGGAGAGCGAUAUCGUGAAGGACGAUGUGCUGGAAGACUUCGUCGAGCAGGGCGUGGAGGAGUUUUUCGAGGGGCUCGACGUGGCGAGCUCUUCAGACGGCCUCAACAAGUUCGGCGAUAAGAUCUACUUCAAGACGGGCCUCGACAAGCAGGUGCCCGAGAGCAUCGAGUCGGGGGACAACUUCGGGAGUGCGAUGGCGGCCUGCAGUCAUCACACCUACGUGGACGAGCGAGGGCGGAAGGACCAGCGGCCGAAUCCGCUGGAGGCAGCCUCAGCUCGCAGCAUCAAGGGCGAGGCCGACGGCUUUUUGCGCCCGCGGCCCGACGUCAAGGGCGAGCGCGGCGAGGAGAAGCUCGAGGACCUCGUGAAAGUUUUGGAGGACGGCGACGGCGACUACAGCUGCGUCGAGUCCAAGUUUUUCGAGAAGAUGGUCGACUUGGAGGCCCUGCGCGAGGUCAACGCGGCCGCCUUCGGCAGGAAGGAGUUGGCACAAGGUCAGCGACUGGCGGCAGAUCGUCUCUGCGCUGACGUCGUGGUCAAGGAGCUGCCGCGGCCAUGGACGUUGGGCGUAGCCGAGCCCAAGGAGGACGGCGUGAAGCCUGGCGGACGUCGGCGUCGCAAGCGCUACGUGGAGGUCGUGAUGGGCGUCGACGACGACAGCGACUCCAUGGUCCUGCCGGUGCCACGUUCGUAUGCGGACGUCGUGAAGACCAGCAUGGACAGCAACGAGUUUGAGGGCGUAAGGCUCAGGCUGGAGAGCAGCGGCCUCAGGCUGGGCGACGACAGCGUGAAGGCGCUCGUGAAGUACUUCAAGGACGGCGGCAGCUGGGACACCUUCUUCCAGUGGGCCUAUGAGACGCGCGUGGGCGCGGACACGGAGCUGGUUGUGAAGACGAUGGAGCUCUGA